AUUUUCCCGAGGAAUUACAACUAUUCGUCAUCCCUCUCUCUCUCUCUCUAAACCCAGUUGCCCUACGCAGAAUCCAAAUUCUUCAACAAAGAACACGGUCAUGGCGAACGAGAAAGUGAACAGGAAGCUGAACGGAGAAGGAAAGGAAGAAGAAGAGGAGCCGAAAAUCCCAGUCUUCACAGUCCUCAAGAACGGAGCCAUUCUCAAGAACAUCUUCAUCGUCAACAAAUCCCCGCCCCUGCUGCACUCCAAACCCAUCUCCACCGUCCACCGGAAAACCUAUGAAGAAAUCUUGGUCGUCGGCCGACACCCGGAUUGCAACAUCGUCUUGACUCACCCCAGCAUCAGCAGAUUCCACCUCCAAAUCCUCUCCGACCCUUUUUCUCAAAAGCUCUUUCUCACCGAUUUGUCAUCAGUACAUGGGACUUGGGUUUCAGACAAGAAGAUCGAGCCGGGAGUUCGAGUGGAGCUGAGCGAAGGGGACACGCUCAGGCUUGGUGGUUCCAGCAGGGUCUACAGCUUGCAUUGGAUUCCUAUGAGGCAGGCCUAUGAUUUCGAAACACCUUUUGUGCCAUUCAUAGCGCACAACGAAUAUGAAAAUGCAGAACAAGUAUUGGAUCAGAGUGAGAAUUCUUUGCCAGUUGAGAACAAAGAAACUGAAUCUCCAGAUUCAAAUUCCGUGGGUGUAGAAUCGUUGUUCUCCGAUGAAAUUUUAGGAGUCAUUGGGAAGAUGGAGGUCCCAUCAGCACCUCCACUGCCGGAAAAUGCCGUUUACUCAAUUUUUGAUCCAGGCGAAGAAGGGAGCGAGAACUUAUCAAAAGGUAGUGGUGAAGAGAAUGAAGUCUCAAGUUUCUGGGCAUUUGGAAUGGAAAACCAGCGCCUACUUCACUGUGUCACAGAAGAGGUUUCUGAAAGAGAGAACCCAGAGAGUUCCUUUUUUACUGCAGAGGAAGGGGAAGCUUGUCCUGCUGUGCAAGUGUCAGAGGAAAGUGAGAAGCAAAGCCAAUUGGGAAAAGACUAUGGAAGGACUACUUUUUUGAGUUCACCUCUUCUGACUGGGGAAAUCCUUGAGGAGACCAAAACUCAGCUAGAUGAGAAAGAAAACCUGACCCCGGAAUCAAAACCAAACUUGCCUGCCAACCUGAAUGCUGAAAGUUCUUCUGGUGAAAAGGAAGAGGCUGAUCAUGCUGCGCAAGUACCUGAGAAGUACCAAAGCUCUUUGAGAAAAGAUCAGGGACAGUUUGACAUUUUAUGUCUUUGUUCUGGACCUCGGGUGAUGGAGAACUCAACCUUGCCGACUGUAAAAGUACUUGGGGAGGACAAAGAUGAGCAAGUUCCAGAACAAAGCCUGACCCCAGAACCAAAAUCAAGCUUGCUGAUUAGCCAAAAGUUUGAACAUUUUGAUGAAAAGGAAAAGGAAGCUUAUGCUGCUGCUUCUGUACCAGAGAAAAUUGAGAACCAACGCCCAUCGAGAAAAGAUAAUGGACAGACUGAUAUUUCAUGUCUUUUUUCUGGACCCCUUGUGAUGGAGAACUUGUCGUUGCCAAUCGGGGAAGUCCUAGGGGAGAUCAAAGAUCAGAAAGUUGUAGAAGAAAGCCUGACCCUAGAACCAAAAUCCAACUUGCCUCUUAACGUGAACUUUGAGCAUUCUGAUGAAAAAGAAUGUCUAUUGGAUGUGAGUUAUGGAGAAUUGGAAAACAAAAGCAUGGCAUCAGAAGAUUAUGACAAAAGGGAUUCAAGCAUUUCUUCUGCAUCUCUUGUGACAGAAUCUGGAACCUCAUCUAUGUCGGAGUUAAUAAAUAACAAAGAGGGGCAGACCCCACAAUCUCUCUUUACUGCAGCAGGACAGCCUGAAUCAGAACUAUGCGAAAGCCCUCCACUGAGAUCUGAGAAUAAAUCAAGUACGAUGAUGGGAAGCAUUUGGGAAAGAAGAGGUAAACCUGCUAGUGCUGUAAAGCUUCAAACAGAUAAGAGCAGAGGAAAACCUGCAGAAGCUGCGUGUGAUGAUGGUAUUGAACAGGAGGGGGAGAUCUUUACUCCAGACAAGGAAAAUUUAACCCCAAAUACUCUUCGACUAAAGUCUUUGAAAAAGAAGGGUAAGAUAGAAUUUAAGCAUUCGAAAUCAAGCACAUCAUCCUCGUUGCAAUUAACUCCAGUCACCAAUAUCAGUCAACAAGAGCUGAUUGAAUCCCCAGGAAAAGAGAACCAGGUAAUGAAGGAACUCCAAGAAAUAAAAUUAGCAGGAAAUACUUCUGGAAAUCAAGCUAGGGCGGAGAAAAAGUUGACGGUAACAAAAGUAAGAACAGAAAGGAUUCCUUUUCAAUCAAUAAAAAGUUCUGAGGGCAAGAGCUUAUCAGAAGACUCGGUCCCUAACACAGCGACAAGAAGCAGCACAUCUUUCUCUUACACUCAAAAUAAGGAGGUCACCAAUGCAGGCUCUAAUAAAUCUGUUGGAGAAGGAAAGAGGAGCUGGACUAUGGUUGCAGACGCUACUACUCUUCUCGACAAGGAAUCAAGGAAGUCAUUGCAGUUUCUACAAGGUCUCAAGGGGACUCAGUUAAUCAUUCCAAGAAUGGUCAUACGGGAACUGGAUUGCUUGAAGCAACGUGGCAGCCUUUUCAGAAAGAAAACAGAGGCUGAAUUGGUGCUGGAAUGGAUCAAAGAGUGCAUGGUUAAAACAAAUUGGUGGAUCCAUGUCCAGAGCUCAAUGGAAGACGGAAGACUGAUUGCUCCAACCCCUCCUGCUUCGCCGCAGUCUCUAUUUAGCGAGAAGAGCUGGGGCUUUCCUUCUAGGACAACGGGCUCAUUGACUUUUUCGAGGUGUGGGAGCAUGAUGGACCUUGUAUCACCGUCCCCAGAAGACCAUAUCCUAGAUUGUGCUCUUUUAUAUAGAAGGAUGAAAAGGAACGAUGGACAACUUGUCCUUCUCAGUAACGAUGUUACCCUGAAGAUCAAAGCCAUGGAAGAGGGUUUGCUCUGUGAGACAGCUGAGGAAUUUCGCGAGGGUCUGGUGAACCCACUUUCUGAGAGGUUUUUGUGGCCUGACAGUUCUCCCUGUGGGCGUACGUGGUCUUACUUAGGAAACGGAGCUUUGAGAGAAAAGUACAAUAGCUGCGGCCCUCUGAAGAAGUCGUCAAAAGGAGAAGGUGCAAAGGGUUUGAAGCUCAUUCUACACCACAAUGCUCAUUACGGGCAGAUCCGUUAGAUGAACCAAAAACAAUUUUCAUUUACGGUCUCAAAUUGUAAUGGCGUUGUUACGUUGCAAAAUGAUGAUCGAGUUGUUGACUUGUUUGUGCUUUAUCAAGCACUUCAAACUUCUUUAUUUCAACUGACUUGAUCAAUAACUUGAGGAAAUAUAUGCCUAACAUAUUUGGCGAACC